AUGAGCACCAACGGAACGACAAAACAUGCGCCAAUUCCUGCCACAUCACGGCUCAGGCAACUUGUGGAGGAGAAGGAUGUUCUCGUAGUCCCAGGCGUCUACGACGGCUUCAGCGCCAGAAUAGCCCUUCAGGUCGGCUUUGACUGUCUCUACAUGACUGGAGCGGGCACCUGCGCCUCCAAACUAGGCCAGCCAGACCUCGGCUUCGCCUCGCUGAAUGACAUGCGCGAGCACGGCGAAAUGAUCGCGAACCUGGACACAGGGACACCGCUCAUCGCGGACGCGGACACGGGCUACGGCGGACCUAAUAUGGUUGCCCGGACGGUGGCACAGUAUACACGGUCCGGCAUCGCAGGGCUCCACAUUGAAGACCAGAUCCAGACGAAGCGGUGCGGCCAUCUAGGCGGGAAGCAGGUGGUUCCGUUGGAGGUGUUUGAGGCCCGGAUUACGGCUGCAGUGACGGCGAGGAAGCAGCUGGGGUCUGGGAUUGUGAUCAUCGCGCGGACGGACGCGUUGCAGACGCAUGGGUUUGACGAGGCAGUGGCGAGGCUGCAAGCUGCUGUUAGGGCGGGGGCCGAUGUUGGCUUUUUGGAGGGGGUGACCGGCGAGCGUGAGGCUCGAGAGGUGUGUAAGCUACUGGCACCGACACCGAUGCUGCUGAAUAUGGUCGAGAAUGGCGCGACCCCUUCGUGGACGCCGCAGCAGGCGAGGGAGCUUGGGUUCCGAAUCAUUAUCUUUCCCUUUGCCGCGAUGGCGCCUGCUUACGAGGCUAUCCGGGCGACUUAUCGGCGCAUCAAGGAGAGGGGGAGCACGGGGAUCGAUCCCGACUUUACCCCCAAGAAGCUGUUUAGUGUCGUUGGUUUGGAGGAGGCGGCUGCUCUUGAUGCCAUUGCGGGAGGGAGCCUGUAUAGCAAGGUAUAG